AUGAGGAAUCCUUUUCUUGUGUAUAAUCUAUGGGCGACUAAUGGCACUGGAAAUACGACAUCGACUGUACAAAUAAACAUACCAUAUACCCAAUCUUACCAGGUUUUGAUCAUUGGAAAGCCAUCAGCCCAUAACAUAGAAGACAUACUGCUAUUUGAUGUUAGUUUGCAACGUGGUCUUUGUAGUGGUGCAUAUGUUGCCAACAGACCUCACCAAGGUAACUGUGRUUUUCAAGAAAAUUUCUGCCUAUGGAAUAAUGUGGAAGGCUCACUGACUAUUCAAGAAGAUCAUGWGAUGAGGUCAAAAGUUAUUUCUCGGAGAAGAUCUGGCACAGGUCGACUUGAGAGUCCUUGGUUGACUGGUCAGCAAUGUAUGAAAUUAUUCUUUAAAACGYAUACUUCAACGUCUAUUACUGUUUAUGCAAAUAAUAUGGUUUUAUGGAUCAAAUCGGGCAGCAAAGGAAGCACAUGGCAAUAUGAAGAAAUCUUCUUCAGAAGUACUUCUCCUUUCCAGUUCAUCAUCGAGAUUCAAGGGACCUAUUCCAAAGGAAUGAUAAACAACAUUACAUUUUCACCAACAUUCUGCAGUCACAGAGAAAUUAUUACCUACUUCUUGACGAAGAGAGCUGGUGGUCAAAAACAUCAGUAUAGGAUAGAACGCCGUUUUCCAUUGGCUUUGGAUGGUUAUUCAAAGAUACUAGAAUUCCAGCUAGAGACCACGCCAAACGACUUUUUAAGUGGUUUACAUUGUGUCUAUCACAAACCUUACAACAAUAAAAUCAUAUCGCACAAAGUAAUAMAAAACGAAACGCCACUGGACUGCUUUUUUCAUAAUAAGAGUUCAUAUGGCAAACAGUUCUAUGCUUCUUUUGGUCGUGAAAAUGUUGAUUAUAUGGUAACGAACUAUUUYCAAGAUAAAUGUUGUCAAGCACAGGUGCAAUCAAUACCAGUGAAAAGUGUCAAGCCGCCAAGCAUCACUGAGUCAUCUUCCUGUGGUAGAGCUUGGCAUCAAGUUGGGCAAUCGUGUUUCCUCCUUUUUUCGAUCUCUUUUGGGAGUGGCAUAGAAGAGAAAGAUUUUUCGCAGAAGUAUAACAAGAAAUGUGUUCAAUUUGGUGGUAAAUCGGCUACAACUGUUACUCGAAUGGAAGCACAAGAACUAUCGUUUCUCUCGCAAAAAUUAGGAAACAACGAUUUGAAAUUGCUCAUUGCUUCAGAAUUAAACUGGAACACGAAGUGGCAAUGGCAAGAUGGUUCUUUACCAUAUUCUAACUUCUGGGGAAAAGACAAUCAAUAUAGCGAUCGGAAACAUACGUGUGGAGUUAUCUCAAGCACAAGUCUAGAGUGGGUUGCCGUUGAAUGCUCAAAAAGCUUUUUGUUUAUUUGUGAGCAGUCAGUAGAUUUUCCAAUCCCAGUGGCUAUGUAUCCAUUGAACGCUUCAAGUGGAGCAAACGAGAUCAGUCUUGAUCCACUUCUUAGAGGAGAAGCUUAUAACAUGGUCCAACCAGAUUGGCUGAAUGGAUCUUAUUACUUCCCUGGAUUAGAAGACAGCUAUAUUGCUAUUAAUCAUAACGGCAGCCUUGACCUUAUGUACUCUAUCACUAUCACGGCAUGGAUCUUUCCCCAGGGUAAUUCAGGCUUUAUUGUCACCUACGGGAAUGGUACUGGCAUAACAAUGUUUGACCAAAAAACCCUUGUUGGACAACUAGUAUUUAAAGAGGAAAAAGAAUACAAACGACAACAGUUGAAGCUUUCGGGCUUGAAAAAUGCAGCCUGGAACUUUAUUGGUAUUUCAUAUGAUUUUUCGACGGGGCACGCAAUGUUAUUUAUUGGAGAUAAUAUCAUGUCAAGAAAAGUUGGUAAUCGAAAGCUAUUGGCCACUGACCGUUCUGUUGAAAUUGGGUCCUCUUUCAAAGGUGGAAUUUCGCGUGUCCAGUUUUAUGAUGUCCCUCUGAAUGAAUCUAUAGUACCUAAAAUAAUGAAACGUUCUCUGCACUUGGAAAAACCAACCUGCAAUGAUGGAUUCGUCUCAUUCCGAGGAAGAUGCGUCUUUUUUGCUGAUACCAAAGUUGAUCAGAAUACCGCCUCCCAGAAUUGCACAAAACAAAAAGCGAGGUUGGCCAUGAUUGACAGAGCAUAUCUUAGACACGUCAUUUCUUCGUAUCUUAGGAAAGAGAGCUAUUAUUUUAUUGGCCUUACAAACGAGUGGUUCGGAAAUGCCGGUAAAAGCAACGGUAAUAUAAGUUACUCACUUCGUUUAGCAAAAUAUAAAGAUAUUGCAUCAGGGGACGUCCGCUCGUCACUUUUAGGAAUUUGCAGAAAGAGURAAAUCAACAGAGCAUUCAACCGAACAGUAAGCUCUUCAGACUUGAAGAUUGGAUCCAGCUCAAGAUUUGCAGUUGAUGGAAUGCUGGAAACGUGCUUCAUUAGUGAGACGAAACAUCCAUACCUUCAAAUAGAGUUGGAUCAUGCGUUGUUUAUUUACGAAGCUGUCAUAGUAAGCAAAGACGACUGCUGUGAGAGCCAACACCAAUUCCUAGUAACGGCCACAGAUGAAAGCAGCAAAAACCACAAUUGCGUUUUACAGGAAAAAAGAGGUGUGGUACACAGCUACAGUUGCAUCCCCUGGAAACGUGCAACGCAUUUAUAUGUUACAAGUCCGGAUUCUUCUUUGGUGCUUUGUGAAGUAGAGGUGUUUAGCACUGGAGAAAAGGAAAGGAAUGGCGUAAGAAGGGAUGUAUGGUUGUUACCAARAGGAAAACUCAGUUUUGAAAACUUUGCGACGACAAACUCUAUUCCAGUUCCCUCUGACAUGUCCGACGCGCUAAUUGAUUUCAGUGCACCUCAGAAUAUCCUUGAUAAAUGUGGCCAGAGAUUGUCAACGUAUCUCAAGGUUCCUGAAAGUGGAUUAUACACUUUUUACCUAAAUUGCGACUAUGGCUGCAUUCUGAUGCUCAACGUAAAGCACAGUUUAGUUAGACCUCAUAUGGAAAAUACCGAAACAUUAGAUAUAGAGGAACAACAGGAAAUGGCACAAUACGAGGAUAAAAUCGAAUACAGGACCCUAUCCAAGACAAGGGAAAGUUUUAGUUAG